AUGUCUGAUCUAGUAGGUGGCCCUGCUGUGUCCGGGCUUGGAGGCAAUGGUCGGAGUCAGAAUGGCGCUUCUCGGGCGGCUCAAGGUCCAAUUCCCGUCAGCACACACCCUGCAAGUGGUGUGCGUACACCCACUGAUAUCAUGAGACAGCGUCGGGACAGAGAAGCUCGCAGAAAAGCAGAACAAGACGCAAAAGAUCGGGAGCAGGAGGACGCUGAGCGCAGACGGCUACAGCAGGAACAGCAAGUCAGGGCCCAGGCGUCUGGACAGCCCUACCCUGCUGGCGUUGCUGGCGAAAGACCCACGCAGCGAAGAGCUGCACCAAGAGCUCCAACCGCGACAGAGCCUCGUACUGCAACCAACGUCGCAGCCUCAUCUCCAACGAGUCCCCGCGACCCCCAAGCUCAGGCGCACAUACCUGUCAGUGCAACCCAGCCUAGACAGCCUGUCACCUCUGCUCCCUUUGGAUCGCAGCAAGGUUCGCAACCCAAACUCGGACCCCAACAGCCCCAGGGUCCACCGCCAGAAGGCCAGCCAGGAGCGACUCAGCCCCAACCUCAACAGUCACAACAACAGCCCCGGCGUGUUGGCUUUCCUCAUGCGUUUGAACGGUGGGAAACACUUUCAUCUCACUGGGAGGGUUUGACCAGCUACUGGAUUCGAAAGCUGGAGCAAAAUAAUGACGCGCUUGAACGCGAUCCCCUCAGUCAACAGAUCGCCCGUCAAGUGACCGACUUAAGUGCAGCUGGUGCCAACCUCUUCCAUGCUGUUGUGGAGCUGCAGCGCCUGCGCGCAUCCUCUGAGAGAAAGUUUCAGCGAUGGUUCUUCGAUACGCGUGCAGAACAAGAAAAAUCCAAAGAACUGCAGGGCGAGCUUGAGAGACAAAUUCGCACAGAGCGCCAGGCCCGGACUGAGCAGGCUGCUUCGGUUCAAAAGGCCGAAAGUGACAAAGCCCGUGCCGAAGACUUGCUCAAAGAGAUGCGCCGCGAACUCCAAAUUUCAAAAGAGGAGGCUCGCCGCGCCUGGGAAGAACUGGGACGUCGCGAACAAGAAGAGCGGGACCGCACGAACUCCCUACGCAACGGAGAGCCCACCCUGGUCGGCGGAGUACAAGUAGUGCCCAUGAUCGCAGGACUUCCUCGACGGGAUUCAGGCCGCCCACCAACCCGAGAGGGCGCUUACACUGGAGGCGAGGAAAAGGGCACCUCAGACCAGUUGUAUGGAGAAACACCGCUAUCACCCAUGGGAACCGACCCAUUCGUGGAAGCCCAAAGACCUGUCCACGAGUCUGAGCAAAGUUAUGUCCAAGCCCCGGCACCUCCUUCCGCUGCUCCUCAGAGCCAGGGACAUUAUGCUGGCCAUUACUACGAGCCAGAGGGCACAUACCCUCCCCGCACUACGGCGGGACGUGAGCCCAGCAUAGGUAGCAGCGAGCCUGGCGAUGACUAUGGCUACCAACAGACCCCGCAAGGUCGCCAAAUGGUUUAUCCUCGGCCAAUGUCGGAUGAGAGUGAGGAGUACGAGCAAGGGUCGUUCGGAGAUAGCGAGGGCGGAUAUGUGACGAGCACCAUGCCGCCGUCGUCUGGUUCUACGUACGCUGGCUAUGACCAGUCGGUCGAUUACAGCGGAGCCGGAUGGGGCGUCGGGUCUGGAUGGGAUUCUGUCACACCUCGUCAUCGCCAUCCGACGCGCCUCAGUGAUGUCCUCGAAGAGGAGGAACCCCGAACAACCCCUAGCCGGGCAAGCCGUGCCAGCCAGGCGAGCAGAAGUGUACACUGA